AUGGAUCUCAUCCAAUAUGCCACCGAGGCCGAUGGUCCAGGACUUGCCAAAGUCAAUGUCCAAAGCUUUCAAGGCCGCCGUCUCCUCGAAGAAGUUUUCCCAAAUGCCAGCUUGACGAGAGUGCAGGAAUACAAAAUAAUUGUGGGAAUGAAACAUCUUGCCGAUCCCAAUAUGCACGUCCUCAAGAUCCAUGAUCCAGUCAGUGGGGAACUGGCAACCUACAGCCGUUGGCAUUUUCCAGCAUCAUUUGGUCCGAGCCUGGUUACCUUGACUGAAGACGCGGCCGUUCUGGCCAAGGACCCUGUUCAAUAUGCACCCCGGCCAAUGAAUGCGGAACUUGCCGUUGCCUUUAAAAAGCUUCUCGCGGAUUGUCGUAAGCGAUACACCACAGAGAACGAUAUCAUCCUCGAUUUGCUAGCAACACUGCCGGAAUAUCAAGGGCGAGGUUUUGGCUCUGCUAUCUUGAAAUGGGGUAUAGAAAAGGCAGAUGCCUCCCAGUCGCGCAUCUUCCUCGAGGGUACGCCGGAGGGUGUUCCCCUCUACCUCAAGCAUGGAUGGAAGAUAGUAGAAGAGGUGGCUCUGGAUUUUACACAAUUUGGUAGUGAUGGGCGAGAGUCAUUCUUCCUGAUGAUGAGGGAUCCAGUUUCACAAUAA